CUAUACUAGUAAACUUACAUUGUGCUUAUGGCAUGAAUAUAUCCCUUAUGCUUAUCCAGAGUUUUCAAUAACUUCCUCGUCUCCAAAUCAAAAACAUAAAUAUUAUUAUCUCCACAUCCAGCAUACAACUGACCAUUCUCCUCAUUCAAAAUCAUGCAAUUGACAUCUGUUUUAUUGAAACCAUCUUUAUUUUCCGGCAAUUCUAUCGUCCAUGCCUGCGUAAACUUAUUUGCCUUCAAAUUCCUCCAUGUGUACCCAAUAACCUCACCUACGCACCCGACAAUCAAAUGAGUUUGUGUUGAGAGCAAACUGUUUAUUUGCAGGUCUUCUUUUACAGUGUGGCAAAAUUUCGGAGUUAACUCUUCUUUGCUUAAAUUGUUUUCACUGUUUAAAAUCUUCUUCAACCUUAAAAAUAAAUAAUAUAACCUCUUUUUACAUUACAUUUUGUUACUCACAAAAAAAUGUGUAUUGCGCCGAAAAUAUCGCCCACAACCAGCAAAUUUCCGCACGGGCUGAAAGCUUGGCUCAAAACUGUGUUGUAAAAGUUUUUAUUCAAAGAGUUUACCAUUUUUUCGCACAAUUUAUGAAUUUUGCCAAAAAAUAGGGUUAGAAUAAACAUGCAUGAAUUUAGCAACGCAUUGUUGGUGCUUCUGUAUUUGUUGUAAAUGUCACUGAAUGUGGCAACGUCGCAGCAAUGUCUUUGUUCAAGUGGCGUUAUUUAAGUGAUUCGCGUUGUGAAAUUGGGAACUUAAACGAUUAAUUGCACGCGUGGAACAAAUAUAGUACAUUUAAACUACGAUUAGCGACGUUGUCGUAUUACCAUAAUAAAUGGUUGUCAUUUGGGAAUUUUGUUAGGUUAGCUUUUGUGCGAUUUUAAACGUUUUAAUUCAUAUAUGUAUAAAGAUGGAAGAACCGAAGAAAAUAUCCUUUGGAUUUAGUAAAUUAACAAAGAAACUAUCGGUGUUUUCAAAACCUCCAGUUUUGAAUAAAAAAGUUGAGCUUAUAGACUGCUUGGAAGGGCAAUCUAUAAAAAUUAAAGAUGCUGUGGAGGAGGUUUAUCAACCGUUGGUUAUUCCUAUAAAAGACAAUAAAAAAAAUUUACUCGAUAGAAUAAAAGAUGCCAGAGAAAAACAAAAUGAACUUACGAGAAAGGACAAAAAUAAGGAAGUAAUUGAUAACAGGCCAGACUCAGAGUUAACUAUAGAAGAAUUGGCUGCUAGAGAACUAAUUAAAGAGGCAAAAAAUAGACUGGAACAAUCAGUACACACCACAACUAAAAUUCUGGUAUUGCCAGCUGUCGAGGAAAAACCCUCUUUUGAUGGCGAAAAGGAAGCAACGCUAGAGGAUUACGAAAAUAUUCCUAUAAAUGAUUUUGGAUUGGCAAUGCUGAGAGGCAUGGGCUGGUCUGAGAGUUCAGGGAUUGGCAAAAACCCCACAAAGAAUGCUUUGCUAAGUGCCCCUGAAUUACGUCCUAAAGGGCUAGGACUGGGAGCCAGCAAGCAAGUUUUAUCAGAAAAACCCAAGGGUGCAGUCGAUAAAGAAGGCAAAGAGUUGAUUAUUAAAAAAGGGGCUUAUGCUAAAAUCAUAGCAGGCGCAAACAAAGGCAAUUACUGUGAAGUACAAGGUCUUCACGAUGAAGCCGGUCGUGUUAUUGUAAAAACUUCUUUGAAAAAGGAAAUUUUAAAUGUAAAUGAGUUUCUUAUUGUAGCUGUAACCAGUGAGGAGUACGCAAAGGGAUCAAAAGUUAUCAAUAAUGCCAAGUAUGAAGAGUACAAGGAAAAAAUGGAAGAACAAAAAAACAAAAAGGAUGAAUAUUCAGAAAAAAAAGUAAAAGAGCACAAAAACAGUAAAACCAUGGUAAAAAAAGAAAAUCAACAAGACAAAGUUUACGAAAUUAGUUCUGAUGAAGAUGAAGACUACAGCUCUAAAUCAAAAGCAAGUUCUUCAAAAAGACAAGGCAGUUCUACAAGAAAAGACAAGUAUAGCAAAUCCAGUUCACACAGAAGAAGCAGAAGUUUAAGCAUGGAAAAAUCAAAGUCUUCAAAAAAAACUGAAGAUAGAGGAAGAAGAAGAGAACAGAGAAGCGUUUCGGAAGAUGAAAGAAAGGAAAAAGGAAGAUCGCGUAGAAGUAGGUCGAGAUCUCGCGAUAGAAAACAGAAAAAAUCAAAGCACAAGAAGAAGUCACACAGAUCUUCAUCUUCUUCCGAUUCUGAGGAUUAUGAUAAAAAGAAAAAGAAGAAAAGCAAACACAAGUCAAAAUCAAAGUACAGAGAUGAGAGUUCUGGUUCUGAUAGGAGUCAUCAUAGAAAGGAUAGAAAAGGAAAAAGAUAGUUUACCUAGGUAUUUAAUUAAAAAAAUAUUAUUUUUUAACGAAUUUAUUUAUUAAGUCAGCUAUAAACAUUAAAUUUCCCAUUUGAAACUCUUAUUUUAUUUCUGAAAAUUAUUUUUCAGUUAUUACCCUGUAAUUUUUCAUUAUUAUAUUAUUAUGAAUAAAAAUAACAAAAGGUAAAUAAAACCGACCGACAUGAGACAGGAUUGACAUCAAGUAGGUAGGAGAAACUCGCACAGUAGGAUAAAUUAAAAAAAUAGCAGGACAAAUUCGCACAGUAGUAAUUUCGCAAAUUAAAAAUUAAAAAAUGUUUGAUAAUUUUUAGUUUUAAUAAUUUCCACUCACUAAUAUUAAUUUUUUAUUGCAUUUUUUAAAAUUAAAUUUGUAUUUACCAACUGAAACAUUUACAUAUAGGUAUGUAAUAUUUAUAAAUAGUUAAAUGAAUAAAAAAACAAAACAUUUGUUGACCACAUACCUUAAAAAUCUGUAUAAAUAGAAGGAUGAAAAAGAGACAUCAAAAUAUAAAUAACAUGUUUACAUUUGGAAAGUAUGCACUAUAUACAGGGUGGUUGAGAAUUAUAACAGUAGGAAAAAUAUCUUCGCCUAACUUUUCGUUUUGCGUUAAAAUUUACCUCGAAUUUACUAACCAAAUAUUGUUUUACUCUUUUGCAAAAAUGUGCUUUUGACAAAAACAUUUUGAGGAAAUCUCAUCCAUUUUGUAAAUUAAACCCAAAAUAUAAAAAACAUGGACCAAGGUAAAAUAUACAAGGUGAUUCAUUUAAGGUUUAUAGAAAAGUAAAUAAAUUAAGUCAUUUUUGUUUCACUUUGGCAUUUCUGUAUACAAUAAUACAUCCGUAACGGAUGAUCUGUUACUAUGGAGAAGGUAAAUAAAUGGAGUGAAAUUGUCCAAGAUAAUUUUCAAACCGAAACUUUACUUUGUUGCCUUUUCAAUUCAAUAAUUAAAAUAAACGACAUAAAAUGUUAAAUAAUGUUUUUUUUUACAUAAAAUACAUUAUAAUUUAAGUUUUAGUAUUUAUAAUCGCUAGGUUAAAUAUUAUCUAUUUGACGUAUUUCCAAUAAACAGUGUUAAUCCGAAUGAAGAAAUAAAUUUCAUACAGCCCCUGUAAAUAUAAAUUUUAUCUAUUAGAUACAAUAAAUACAAAUUUUAGUAAUGAUUAACGUGAAAAGUGUAAACAUUUCAAUUCAGUAAUAAUCGUCAAACAAAUAAGUCGUCUAAAUUUAAACCACAUUUAGCUUUAUUAAAAGCGUUGAUUAAGAAUUCUUUAAAGUCUCCACUUAACGGCAAAAUACCAUUAUAUUAUGUAUUA